AUGACACUGUUGAAGUAUUUACCGGUAAGAGUGGUUGAUAUAUUGGUGAUGAUGAUGGUUAAGACAAGAUUUUUUUUGUAUGGAGAUCCCUCCAAGUAUGGACUCCUCCGACCAAAACAAGGUCCUUUUUCCACAAAACUCUUUACAGGCAAAACUCCAGUAAUCGAUGUGGGAACUGUCCACAAGAUUCGUGAAGGAAAGAUUCAGGUUAUCAAUGGUGGCAUAGAAAGCAUCGAAGGCAAGACAUUGACGUUUGAAAAUGGACUGAAACAAGAUUUUGAUGCCAUUGUGUUUGCUACUGGUUACACAAGCUCCGUAUGCAACUGGUUAAAGAACUAUGAGUACGUGAUGAAGGACGAUGGCUUCCCUAAAAACCCAAUGCCGAAGCAUUGGAAAGGCGAGAAUAAUCUUUAUUGUGUUGGAUUUUCAAGAAAAGGGAUCGCUGGAGCCGCUCAAGAUGCUAUGUCCGUCGCCCAGGACAUCAAUUCUAUCUUGGCAGCUACUAGAUGA